AUGUCUUUGCCCACUAUUGAAAAGACUGCCAUUCUCGCCAAAUACUUGGAACUCGACCAGCGCGGUUCUGUGAUCGCCGAAUACGUGUGGAUCGACGGUUCCGGCCAGGUGCGUUCCAAGGGUCGCACGCUAUCCAAAAAAAUCAACCACGUCGACGAACUUCCAGAGUGGAACUUCGACGGGUCCUCCACCGGCCAGGCGCCUGGUCACGACUCCGACGUGUACCUCAAGCCCGUGGCUUUCUACCCAGACCCUUUCCGUAAGGGCGACAACAUUUUGGUGCUAACCGAGUGCUGGAACAACGACGGCACCCCAAACAAGUUCAACCAUCGUCACGAGGCCGCCAAGUUGUUCGAAGCCCACCGCGACUCCGACAUCUGGUUCGGUCUAGAACAGGAAUACACCCUCUUCGACGAAAACGACAAAGUAUACGGAUGGCCAAAGGGUGGGUUCCCAGCUCCUCAGGGUCCUUACUACUGUGGUGUCGGUACCGGUAAAGUCUACGCACGUGACCUCAUCGAGGCCCACUACCGUGCGUGUCUGUAUGCUAAGAUCAACCUCUCCGGUAUCAACGCCGAAGUGAUGCCUUCGCAAUGGGAAUUUCAAGUCGGACCUUGCACCGGUAUCGCCAUGGGUGACGAGCUAUGGAUGGCCCGUUACUUGCUAACCAGAGUUGCCGAAGAGUUUGGUGUCGCCAUCUCUCUCCACCCAAAGCCACUCCAGGGCGACUGGAACGGUGCUGGCUGCCACACCAACGUCUCCACCAAGGAAAUGCGUGCUCCAGGCGGUAUGAAAUACAUCGAGGAUGCCAUCGACAGACUCAGCAAGAGACAUCUCGAGCACAUCAAACUUUAUGGUGCUGACAACGACUUGCGUCUAACCGGUCGUCACGAAACCGCCUCUGCUACAAGUUUCUCCUCUGGCGUUGCCAACCGUGGUGCCUCUAUCAGAAUCCCAAGAUCUGUCGCCAAGGAAGGAUACGGAUACUUCGAGGACAGAAGACCAGCCUCCAACAUCGACCCAUACUUGGUAACCGGUAUCAUGGUUGAAACCGUUUGCGGUGCCAUUGAUGAUGCUAACAUGACCAAGGAAUUCGAAAGAGAAAGUUUAUGA